AUCUGUAAUGGAGAAAACAAGAUCAGAUGAGUUAGUGGGGUGCAAUAGAUUCAGAUCAUUAACCCAAUUAUUAAUAUUAUGAAGAAUAGCCAUAGGAUUCCUUUUCUUUUCUUGACAUCAAAAGUAAACACAAUUACACCAACCAAUCAUUCCAAACUGGUAAAAUGGAAGCAAGCCAAUUAGCUGGACAGCUUCAAAAUCUUCAGACUCCUAAUAAAGAGAAGGAUUUGGAAAUAGCAGAAAAACCCUGUCCUAAAUCUCGGGUUAUACCUUCUCGUUGCACUCGUUCUCAGGUUGCUGUCGAAUGGACUCUACAGGAAAUGUUAACUCUCGUGAAUGAGAUCUCGGCUGUUGAAGGGGAUUCCCUGAAGGCCCUGCCCUCUUACCAGAAGUGGAAAAUCAUAGCUGACAAUUGCAGCGCUCUUGAUGUCGUACGAUCUUCAAAUCAGUGCCGCAUAAAGUGGGACUCAUUGCUUGUUGAAUACAAAAAGAUCAAGGAGAUGGGAUCUCAUACAGUGAUCGAUUCAUAUUGGUCCUUGGAAAACGAAAGAAAAAUGAAGUUAGGGCUUCCUACUACUUUUGACAGAGAACUGUUCAGAUUAAUUGAUGAUAUUGUGAAGGGUCAGGAUGAUCAAUCAGAUAUGGAUCCAGGAACUGAUUUGGAAGAGCCUGACAUGCUUGAGGUCUUAAUGGAUCCUGGUUCAAAGAAAUGUAGGCGCAAGAAAAGCAAGUUAGGCAGGGAGAAAGUGAUGGCUACAAAAUUACAUGAGAAGGCGGAACUCAUCUUUGCCAUAGUUAAAGGGGAUCUGAGUGGAAACACAGACAACAGGUUGGCUGACAUGAAGAACCAAACUAAUUUUACAAGGCAGCAAGGUGAUGAACUGAUCAAAGUCCUAGGAAGUCUUGCUGGUACCCUUGACGAACUUUCCAAUUUAAUCCAGUAGAAUCAGUGCUUUUUCAUCACAGUCAACUGUAAGGUUAUCUGACAACUAAUUUUUCUCUAGGAUGUAGCUUCUAUCAUCUCUCAUGUUGAACUCAGAUAUGGUUAUUUAACUGUGUUGGGGUCAUGACUUGACUUCUUAGCUUGCUUGUUUUAUGUAUUCUUUUGUUUAUUCUGUAAAAAAUUUAAAAGGAUUAAAGGGUGGGAGAGGCUGGGGACUAGCUUAUGGUAGCACAGUAGGUCAAGAAUUCAGUCCGGGGUUCUUUUAAGGCAUGUAUGCAUAAAAACACUUUGAGAGUUGGAGAACUUUGUUAUCAUGUUGUUUGGACAACUCAAUUCUCAUGUUUCAAUUCGGAUUUGGUGUUA